AUGUUGAGGUUUUGUCCAACGUGUGCAAACCUCUUGUUUGUGGAAGAAGGUGAUAAGGGAUACAGGUUUGCCUGUCAUACCUGCCCCUACAUUAAAAAUAUAACUAGAAAAAUAAGCCACAAGAAAUACCCCAAGUUAAAAGAAGUUGAUGAUGUAUUAGGGGGAGCCGCAGCCUGGGAGAAUGUAGACUCUACAGAAGAAACCUGUCCGAAAUGUGAACACAACAGAGCAUUUUUUAUGCAGAUUCAGACACGCUCGGCUGAUGAACCUAUGACAACCUUCUAUAAAUGUUGCAGCAUGGCUUGUGGACAUCGGUGGAGAGACUGAAAGAAUUUUACAAUGUAUGAUUGAAAUUUGUCAAAUACUGUGUGGACUCUCUGAAUUGACUAUACCAAUUAUGCAAUAGACAUAAUUGGUAAUGUGAACUCUCUGAAAGGGAUAUCAAGUUGACAAAACAAUAAAGGAAAUAAACUCUCUGGGAAGGAUGCCAUAAUGAAAAAUUGGUUAUGUGGACUCUCAUAAAGGGAAGAAGAGUUGUCAUACACAGUUUCUAAACAACAUGUGAACUCUAUAAAACAGACGAGUUGAUAAACUCAAAUACCAAUAUUAUAAUGUGAACUCCGAUAUAAAUUAUUAACCAUGUGGACUCUGAAUAUUGAACAAAGUAUUCCGUGCAAUUUGUUUUGCCUUGGGUCAAUGGGUACUAUUAGGUUGCUAUCUUUUAAUACCCAAUCGCAUUAUUUUGGGUACCUUGUGAAAAGUGAAGAACACAAAAAUAAUGUGUAUGUUUUUAUUAUGUAUAUUGAAUAAAUUAUGUUAAUAUAUAAAUUAUGUUAAUAUAUAAAUUAUGUUAAUAUAU